AUGGCAUCUUUCAAGACCACCGCUGCGAACGGGUCGUAUCCUUACCUCAAAGAAACCCUCAAGGGUUCCAGCAACGGAUUCAAGAAUCCCACACGUGAUGCAGCCACAGUCCCCGAGGAUGAAUCUCAUCAGAUCAUCUCAUCAUACUUCAUUGGGCCUCGGGCAGAGAACCUGCCAUACUUCAAGGAGAACAUCGACAUCAUCUUGAACAACCUCAAGCAAGCCAGAUUGGACUAUCGCUUUGACAAUGACGCAGAAUUCAUCGACGAGAAAACGCAGGAAUCUGCAGCUUUCAAGAGGUCCAAGGACAAGCUCAAAAAUGCUGUCGACAAGGCCUCGGAGAUUCUUGGCCGAUCAAGCAUUCCUUUCUGGUCACCUCGGUACCAGGCGCAUAUGUGCACUGAUAUGAGCAUGUCCUCACUACUCGGCUACUUCAUGACGAUGCUCUACAAUCCGAACAAUGUCGCGCUUGAAGCAAGUCCUCUUACGACAGUCGCUGAAAUUGAGGUCGGAGAGCAGCUCUGCGAUCUUUUUGGCUACAACAUCAACGAAGAUGACACUGAGUCCCCAACAGGCUGGGGUCACGUCACAUGCGAUGGCACGGUAGCUAAUCUCGAAUCCAUGUGUAUCUGCCCAAUACCUGGCUCAUUGACCAACCGCGUCCAAGCUCGAAAUCUCAAGUUCUACCCGCUGUCGCUUCGCAAGGCAUUUGACGAAGGUCAGAAGCUGGAUUUUCUCAAGGAUAGCUUCCAUGUCGAGACCUGCCAAGGGGAGAGAAAGCUUUUCACCCAUCUUUCAACUUGGGAGUUGCUGAACCUCAAGCCGUCUGACGUCCUUGACCUCCCUGAUAGACUUUACCAGGAACAUGGAAUCUCCAACAAGUUCCUCUCUGAUCUCAUGGACGACUUAACCAUUCAGUCCACAGGCAAGGACGAUCUGGAAAGGGAGUUUGGUAUCGAGAAGCCAGGUCAAUACAUGCUGUCCAACACUCGACACUACUCAUGGCCCAAAGGAGCUGCUAUCUGCGGCCUGGGUUCCAAGAACGUCGUCGGUAUUCCGGUAGAUCUAGGAGCACGCCUCGAUAUUAGCGAGCUAGAGAACCAGCUUUGGGAGAGUCUUGAAAACAAGCAGCCGGUCUACGCAGUUGUGGGAAUCAUAGGAUCGACUGAAGAGGGUGCCGUCGAUAGCCUCAGCAGCAUUCUCGCUCUGCGAAAGCAGUUUCAGUCACGAGGCCUCUCAUUCCUCGUCCAUGCUGAUGCCGCGUGGGGUGGAUACUUCUGCUCCAUGCUGCCGAAAGACUACCGCCCUGGCGAUGUCAUCAACCUUCCCACUGAGAUGGGCACGACUGAUGGGUUCGUGCCUGACGCCAGCCUACGCGCUGAAACUCAGGAAGAUUUGUACGCCAUGCGCUUUGCUGACUCCAUUACUGUUGACCCUCACAAGGCCGGUUACAUUCCUUACCCCGCAGGUGGUCUCUGCUAUCGCGACAAUCGCAUGCGUUUCUUGGUGACAUGGACAAGUCCCUACCUAUCCCGUGGAUCUGUCACCAGCAUCGGAAUCUAUGGUGUUGAGGGAAGGUUUGUGGCAUUCCAAAACAACGACACCUUCCUUCGAAAGAAGCUAAGACACGGACAGUAA